AUGCCUUGUCUCUCUGAGGAGCGUUUGCGCGUGGUUGCGGUAAUUCACGCUUUAAAAGCAUUCGGAGUACGUGUGAAAAACUGGAAAAACUUUUUGAAUGGAGAGUCGACAAAGGGACAAAGUAUUACACAGGAGGGUCCAACUAAACGUUUCGCCUUUGGUCGUGACCUGCUAUUAGUGCCCCAGCGUUAUUUAACGGAGAUGGAGGGCACAGUACCACAAUUCUUAGUGGAAGCUUGUGAAUAUUUGUCCGAGCAUCUCCAAACAGAGGGUCUCUUCAGGAAAACAGGCUCUUUGCCCCGCAUUCGAGCUUUAAGGAUGGAGCUUGAGCAGGGACAACCAGUCUUUUCCCCUCCUCAGUCAGCAACACUGCAGCCCUGUGACGUAGCUUCGCUUCUGAAGCAGUUCUUGCGGGAACUGCCAUGUCCUCUCAUCCCUACUGAUCUACAGGGUCCUCUAUGCCAGGCUCAGGGGCUGGAAAUGGAAAACGACCAGGAGGGCGUGAGGGACAGAGCCACUCUUCUCCUGACGGUCCUCUUACCUCCUUCUCACGCACGGGCUCUCAGAUAUUUCUGCACCUUCUUGAGUCGAGCUGCAAAGAGGUGCAACGAAAAUCGAAUGGAGGUAGGCAGCCUGGCCCUUGUAAUUGCUCCUAAUCUCCUACAGUGUCCUCCCAAUGCCUCCAAACUGACAGUGGGCACAGAGAAACAACUGGAUCGUCAGGCAGCUGUUGUCAAGGUGCUCAUAUCAUAUGCUGACAGAAUAGGAGUUGUGCCGUCUUUCAUCACGGACACGUUAGGAACAGCAGAGCUGAGGAACUCCACACCUCCUACGAACGGAACCGAAUUGGGUAAAAGGUCCGGUCUCAGUGUGUACAGAAGUCUGCGGCGCCAGAGGAGGCGUAGUGUUGGAGAAAUAUUUGUGGACGCAUUUACAAAACUGAAGCCGAGCCGUACACCGACCGGAACCUCAAACCCUGUAGAUGUUAUGCCAGGCUGUCAUGACACAAGCCCAACCCCUCAGUCACCUGUCACAGUCAAACGCAAAGCUACGGAGGAAACUGCUCCUGAUGUGGAGGGAUCUGCCAAAAAGAGACGUUCACUUCAUGACCUGAGAGGGGAUGACCAGUCCAGUAGUGCCCAUUGCUUCGAUGAACCAGAGUCCUCAAAGAGUCUAAGCCCCCAAGCUGUUAAGGGCAAGGAAGAGGAUCCACAUAUCCAUGUCAGUGCUUCAAAGAAGAGAAGUCAGAUUAGAGAUCCCAAAAGGUUACAGAGGCCUGCCACACAUGAGGUUAAAGGUCACCAUAGAAGACGCUCUCUUCGAUUUUUCACCUUGUCCAGCAGCAGCAACAGCCCUGCCACCACCACAGCAGCCUGCAUUGAUCCUGAAAAGAGGUCGAUGGAAUGCAAAAAGCCGUCUGUCAGUCGACAUAAUCCAUCAAACUGUGAGAGUGAAGUUGUUACUAAGAUACCCGUCAUUUUGAUCGAUAGCCCUGAAACAGUAAUUGUUGCUACAGAAGUCGAGGAUGACCCAGAUCUUCUGAACUGCAGUUUCGCUGAGAAUACCGCUGGUCGCCUACAGUUUGAAUCUGAAGAGUCUCCUGCUCAGAUGCAGGAGUCUCCUGCUCAGGUGCAGGAGACCUGUCAAUCAUGCAAAGAUCCUUGCACACUAAGGCUAAAUGAGCAUGUAGUCGAAGCUUCAGAGUGUGAGAAAAACAGCAUCACAAUAGAAAGGUCGACUAAAAAUGAGCCUUGGAGUCAGAGUGUCGGAAUAGAGAUGGCACCUGAGGAAAAGCGAGAACGCAAAGAGUCCAAUGAGAGGGCUGGCCAGAAACGUCGCCCCCCGAGGAGAUCCAUCAGCAUGCCUGAGGUGACCUUGGAACAAGCAAGGUAUCAAGAGGAGACUGCGGCGGCGGAGGGAGAUGUUGAGGUGCAAGGUGGCAUUUGGUUAGUAUCUGAUGAAAUAAGAGUCUUAGAUGGCCAGGGUACUGAGAAUGCCACAAUAAAAACCAAAAAGAUGGGCAGUAGAGGUAAGGAAGGGAAAUGUGACGUGGUGAAUUGCGGAAAAACUGAGAAGACGGAGUCGGGAUUUGGGUUCAGGAGAAUGCAUCAGCGUAUGUCAGUGGCCGAACGUCUGAAAAGUUUCAGCGCGUUAGCGAUGCUGCUCCGGACCUCCAGAGCUCCACCUCAAUUAAGAGAGACCCAGAGAGAGGAAGGGUGCCAGAGAGCUGUGCGCCUCCGCAGACAAGGAGCGCGUCGGUUUGGGCGCUCCAUCAGUCACGAGGGUGUGCCAGAGUUACUGCCAGGGCAGGAUCCAGCGAGCCAUCAGGGGGAAGUGCAGAGAUUCUGUGAACCGGGAGACGCAAGCCGAAAUUCAACUUUGGAGCUGUUACAACAGCUGCCUGGGAAUCUGUCACGGCAAGAAGAGAGAGUGGACGUUCAGAUAUCUCAAAGUUCUCCCCGCCGCCUCCGACAGACUUUGCAGGACCUCCAUACUCCUCUGCUGGGUGCAGAACAGAACCAAGAUCUUCACUAUGCAAAGUUAGUAAAUGUUCAAGAGUCCACAGCUCAGCCAGAACCUUUAGGUAUGCAGUCUGAGACGCUGGAAAAUGACGAAUUUGACCUACCCAGUCAGUUGGAGCAGCGAUGCCACUUAAGGAGUCCACGUGAAGAAAACAGUCAGGGUUCUGAACCGCGGGUGGAUGUGCCACAUGAUGACUCCGUACUCAUCUUGGGCUCUCCUCAGCAGACUGAUACUUUGAAUUUCCCUGCAGACAAGUUCAUGGCAUUCGACGCUACCGUGUUCUCUCCUUCACAAAUGAGCCCCAUAGACUUUCCAGGGGAACAGGACUCCAGUCCUCCAUUUGAGAUCUCACCUAGUAAAGACAUGUCCACUCCGGCUUCAGGCGAUUUUAUUGGGAUGGAUAAGAAUGUUACUGACAGAUGUGUUCUGUCUGUGAAUUUCACACCUCCAGCUUUUCAGAUCAGUCAACGGGCCUCCAGGAGGCGCUAUAGAGACUCACCCCGAUGGCCCUCUCCUGAGGUCCGCGUUACUAGAUGGAACCAUCUGGAACUUUGAGCUUUUGGUAAAU